AUGUUUAGCGUUCUUUUCCUAUUUUUGAAUUUCUGGAGUUGCGUUGGUGCUCAAGCGAGCAUUAAUGUCUGGGAAGGCGUACCCUUUUGGAAAGAUGCUGUUAAAUCAUUGGCCCUGUGCUAUUGCAUUUUAAUAUCGUUUACCUUGAUUCUACAUUUACUUCAUUUCUGCUACAAGAGAAGAAAAAACAAGGCACGAAAUGUAUCACAAUUAGUUCGGCCGUCGAAACAAGCCGCAUCACAAAAACAAACAAAAGCUACGACACCUGAAGUUCCUGCUCUACCACCAAGUGUCCCAUUGAGUCCGGAUGUUUUACCUACAAACUAUCCUCACCCAGGUGUUGCUCAAGUUCCUACGAGGCCACCUGCUUCGCCUCUUGGAGUGGUCAGACCUGCAGAAACAUUAACAGGAAUGAGACUUGGACCUCCGAGAAUGCCAACUGGACCCCCAGGUAUGAUGAGACCUCCACCUCGACCACCAAGAAUGCCACCUGGUGCUCAGAAUAUGUCGAGACCUGUAUCAGGAAUGCCUCCAGGAAUGCCACAGAGAAUGCCGCCAAGACUACCUCCAGGGGCACAAGGAUUGCCAAGACUACCUCCAGGGGCACAAGGAUUGCCACCAAGGUUGCCACCAAGACCGCCAGGAACACUGCCUCCUCGACCUCAAAGCCCCAUGCAACCUCUCAGGCCAAGACCACCGCCUCCUAAUUGA